UUAUUUUUUCCGGUUCAGAAAUAGGAAUGUUUCCUGUCUGGGGAGGACUGCAUGGGUAGCAGUGUGGAGGUGAGAUUUGCAGGCAAGGAGGGCACACACAUGCCUUGCUAGCCCUCUGAGAUGUCCUCCAACCUUUCCAACUACGCCUUACGGAUGGCCCGCCUGAGUGCACGGAUAUUUGGAGAGGUCACUCGGCCCACUGAUAGGCAGUCCAUGAAAGUCGUGAAGCUGCUCAGUGAGACGCCCAUGGCCAAGCGGAAGGAGGUCUAUGACUGGUAUCCUCCCCACAACAUUUACUCUGGCCUGAUGAGGAAACUUCGCUUCUAUGGCCUCUACAGAGAUGAGCAUGAAGAUUUCAAAGAUGAGAUGAAAAGAGUGAAGAAACUACAUGGGAAAGGACCGCCGAAGAAAGGAGAAGGAAAGAGAGCGUUGAAGAGAAAAUAGCUUUCCCUCUGUAUUUAAUAAAGCAUUUUUGUUUCAUUUAA